UUCUUAAAUGGAUUUAUUUGUUGGAGUAUAAGGUAUAUUAAUUCUCAACAACUCAAGGUCAGAAAGUACGAAAUAUGGAGCAUAACCGAAACAUCAUUCCUGUGGACGUAUUACGGUUUUAUGGUAGGCUUGAAAUGGAAAUAAAUAAACCCACGCUCGAUUUACCAAAUCUGCCGACCACCGAUGAGAUCGCUUUAAAAAUGGCUAAUAAAGUGUGUUUGAGGAAUUCUGCUCAAACUAAGCAGGAAAUAUCUCUAGAUACUUCAAUAUCUUCUGACAAAACAAUAGUCCCUGAUACUAACUCACGCAAUGUUCAUAUUCCUUACAUACUCAACGGUGAAUUGUUUGAGAUACAGACUCAAGACGGUGAAAAUGUAACUGUGAAAUGUUGCAAUUGCCCACCAGAUCGCGUAUAUCGUGGUAGCGUGCGAUCCACAGGCAAUUUCCAUAUGCAUAUAAAGAGACGUCAUCCCGAUUUAAUGGGAAAAAUAUAUGAUAUGAAAGUGAAUGCCUUGGUAGAGAGGAGAGAUCGAUUUCUGCGCAAUCGUAAAUCCACGCGCCGUCGUAAUACCAACGUCAAUGGAAGUAGGACAUCUUCAUCGCGGAAUGAACAGCGAUUGGCAUACCCGGUGCAACCAACUUCAGAAUUAUUUAAAAUUAAAGCCGCGUUUCAACGGCAUCAACUACAGCAACAACAACAAAAUCGUAUUCAACAAGAUCAAAACCAGCAACAACAGAAAAGGGAGAAAAAUUCGAGCAUCUUGCAUAAGUGGAAUGUGAUCGAUCACUUUCUCAUUACACCUGCUUUUGAGAGAGCACGUGAUAUAACACUAAUGGAAGCCUAUAAUGAGCAACCACUCAAUUACAGUCUCAAGCAAAACACCGUUGCAAAUAUGAGUUGUACAGAGAGAACACAAGAGAUCGAUGAAAACGAUGCUGAUACAUCCGACAAUUUGAAUCCAAAUAACAUUUCAGGAACAAUAGACACAAACGAGCACAUAACGGGUUAUGAAGUAAAGUCCACGCACAACAAAGCAAGCAAUAGCGGUAUGAAUUGCAUGACAAUAAAUCAACGAACUCAAAUAGAGAUGUCUCCCUUCGCUUUCAGCCAACCUGAGGAGCACGUGCCACUUUAUGCUAACAACAGCGAUCAGUCCUUGCUCGGUCGCGCUACAACUUUAAGUGCCGUAACCCCAUGUCCGAGUGAUGUGAGCAGUUACGAUGCUGGUCAAGAUCUUGGUGGCAGGUCAUACGAUUUGAACUGCAAUCACGUGGGUAGCCUGAUUAAGAAUGAACUACUGUUAGCCGAAAUACAGCCAAUCGAUCUCUCUGUACAUCCCACAUCUUCUGGGUUGUCAGGUUCCUCAGGAUUCAGUUCCGGCGUAGAUACCACACAAUAUUCAAAUGACACUACAAAUUUCAAUAUGUCUGUCGGGAACACUAAAUCGGAUGAAAUUAUUUUACAACUGUCCUCCGCAUUACAGAGUUUGCAUCGUGAACUGCAAACGUACAAUCAAACUAAUAACAAUUGGCUUUGCUUGGAAUUAGCAAAAUUUAAAUUUUUGCAUCCUGAAUUUGAAUAUCAUAAUUAGAAAUGUUGGUACCAUCUAGCAGGUCUAGGUACUAAUU